GGACGCAGCAGUGGCGCUUCCGGUGGUGAAAAAUGGCUGCGGCCAUUCAGGGCACGCGCGUGAGUGCGGGGAAAAAGCUGAAAAACUCCCUAAAGAAGAAGAAGAUGAAGAAAAUGAUAGCCGGGGCCGCAUCAUCUGAGCUGGAAGUUGAGGACAAAGACGCUGCCGACAGGGAAGGAAGCUGCGGAUUGGAGGAGGAUGACUUUUCCUCUGAUGAUAAAGCAGUAGAAGCUGACAAUGAGGAGGAUAUUGGACCCUGUGACCAAGAAAAUGAAAAUGCUGCCGAGUCUAGUGUUGGGACAAAUAUAGGCUGGGCAGAUGCCAUGGCUAAAGUUCUUAACAAAAAAACUCCUAAAAGUAAACCCACCAUUCUGCUGAAAAACAAAAAGCUGGAAAAGGAGAAAGAAAAGUUAAAGCAAGAGAGACUGGAGAAAAGAAAACAGCUCGAUAAGAGGCGGGAGUGGGAAAUGAUGUGCAGAGUAAAGCCAGAUGUUGUCAAAGACAAAGAAACCGAGAGAAAUCUUCAGAGAAUUGCAACAAGGGGGGUGGUGCAGUUAUUUAAUGCUGUUCAGAAGCAUCAAAAGAACGUUGAUGAAAAAGCUAAAGAAGCUGGAGGCUCGAUUAGAAAGCGUGCUAAGUUGAUAUCAACUGUUUCUAAGAAAGAUUUCAUCAGUGUUCUUAGAGGAAUGGAUGCAAGUACAAAUGAGAGAAGUUCUACUGGGAAGAACUUGAAAGCCAAACAGACUGAAGUGAAAUCAGAAGAGAGUCCAGGAUGGAAUAUCCUACGUGACGAUUUCAUGAUGGGAGCAUCUAUGAAAGACUGGGACAAGGAGAGUGACGGGUCAGAUCACAGCUGACCAGGACCCGAAAGUCAAUCUGACACACGAUGUAGGAAAGAAAAUUUGGCAUCGUUUUCUUUUUCCUAGAAAAAUACUUCAUGCUCUGAAAGUGGAGGAAUUACAAGGAUACCAUUAAUACGAAAACCAAAGGACUUUUAUUUUUAUCAACUUUGGUGUUUUCCCUUUUUACAUUAAACUUUGUUAAAAUUAUGUUCUCAAAUCUUGUAUAAUUUUUAGCAUUGCUCCUUAAAACAUUUUGUAAAAGUAAACGUGUCUACGUGACCAAAAUAUCAAAAAAAUAUUUCACCCAUAUCAUUACAGUUUACAUGUUGGUCAUGGGUAUUGUUUUAACGUCACCAGUGUUUCUAGAAAUGGCAGUACCAAGUCAUAAUUAAAGUGAACUCUUUGAAAUCAGUAUUUCACUGCUUUCCAAUUUAUAGGCCUAUGUAUUUAUAGUUUUUUGAAGGAAGGUUUUGUUGUUGUUUUGGUGAGCUAUUUAGAAAACCUAAGCAGCUAGUAAAAUUUAAAAUUAGGCU